AUUCUUUUGACCUUCUACUAUCACAAUUUCUCCCAACUGACAUGAACCUGAUAAAACCCCGCCACAGACGUGCAAUAUUAUAUCACUAAUCUCAUCCUCUCAUCCUGAAGGCAUACUCUGCAGCACUGUAUGUCACUGAAUUUGGCCGAAGUCGUCAAGCACAAUGGCGUCAAGAUUGUUGAAGCCCCGGCUGCUGCAGCAGGUCGUCAAAACCCUCACCAAACCCUCUGCCAUCUGUCAACAAUCCACUGCAGCAGCGGCGGUAGUGAUGCCCAUCGAAGAAACAACUGUGGAAGGGGGAAUUAAAAUGAAAGGCGUCAACAUUGCAGGGCGUCCACUGUACUUGGAUAUGCAGGCGACGUCACCCGUAGAUCCUCGCGUUCUUGACGCCAUGCUGCCGUAUUACAUGCAUCGGUAUGGAAACCCUCAUUCCAGAACUCAUCUCUACGGUUGGGAGUCAGACAAUGCGGUCGAGAAGGCUCGUGAACAGGUUGCAGGCCUUAUUGGUGCAAGCCCUAAAGAGAUCAUCUUCACCUCAGGUGCAACGGAGUCCAACAACAUAUCUGUAAAGGGUGUCAUGCACUUUUAUAGAGACAAGAAAAAGCAUGUCAUAACAACACAAACAGAACACAAAUGUGUUCUUGAUUCUUGCCGUCAUUUGCAACAAGAGGGUUUUGAUGUUACUUAUUUGCCUGUCAUGAAGGAUGGACUUGUCAACUUAGAUGAACUCAAGGCUGCCAUAAGACCUGACACAGGGCUCAUCUCUGUCAUGACUGUCAACAACGAGAUUGGUGUCAUUCAGCCAGUUGCAGAGAUUGGUGAAAUUUGCAGGCAGCACAAAAUUUUCUUUCACACUGACGCAGCACAGGCCGCUGGAAAAAUUCCUGUUAAUGUAGAUGACAUGAAGGUUGAUUUAAUGUCCCUUAGUGGACACAAAUUCUAUGGUCCAAAAGGUGUUGGGGCUCUUUAUAUCCGGCGAAGGCCUCGUGUUCGAGUUGAGCCACAGAUGAAUGGUGGGGGGCAAGAGAGGGGUUUGAGAAGUGGCACAGUUCCAACACCUUUAGCUGUGGGAAUGGGAGCUGCUGCUGAAUUGGCUUUAAAAGAAAUGGCCUUUGAUCAAAGACAUGUAACAGAAUUGCAGGACCGUUUGUUGAACGGAGUUAAGGGGCAGCUGGAUGGGGUUGUCAUCAAUGGCAGUACAGAGCACAGGUACGCUGGGAAUGUAAAUAUUUCUUUUGCAUAUGUUGAAGGGGAGAGCUUGUUAAUGGGUCUCAAGGAGGUCGCAGUUUCAAGUGGUAGUGCAUGCACUAGUGCAAGUUUGGAACCCUCUUAUGUACUGAGGGCUUUAGGAGUUGAAGAAGAUAUGGCACAUACUUCUAUUAGAUUUGGAAUUGGAAGGUUUUCUACAGCAGAGGAAAUUGACAGGGCAGUAAGUCUCACUGUUGAUCAAGUGAAGAAACUGCGAGAAAUGAGCCCACUCUGGGAAAUGGUACAAGAGGGAAUUGACAUUAAGAACAUUCAAUGGGCACAGCACUGAUUAUGUUUAUAAUUCAGGGUAUAUCUGCAGCUAGUGGGUCUGAAUUAUGAAUGCUCUAAAGUUCUUGACGUGCAAAAGAACAUUUGAAUUUUAAAGCUUUAUCGGGUGCCCUCCUGGCAUAAUCUGCAGGCCUCAUAUAGAUAUGUCUGUUCAUCAUAAUGUAAAUUAUCAAGUUUUGUUGGUAAUAUUAUGUACAAUAUGUUGGUGAAUAAAAUAGGUUUGGCUAUUUUUCAGUCUA